GAGCGUGCAUUAUCGAUGAGGCAAGGCUUACGGGCUUGAUGACGUCGUUGUCGGCGUUUAAGAACGUGAACAACUUUGACGGAAGAAUGGUGGCAGAGAUUUCGCUACAGUACAUUAUCUACUGUUUUAUCAAGAGGAUGGAGGAAGCCCAGGACCGGGAAAAUUUACCAGAGACACAUGAUCAAGCCCAGGAAAACUCCCGGGGAAAUAGCCCGGCUCAGAACUUGCCGCUCUCCCCCCUCGCCCACACCAAGGAAGAACUCCGCACCUGGCAAGAAAGGUGGAAGAAGCUCCUCGAACAGCCUGCAUCUCAGUUUGUCGUUCUUGGCUACCACUACGGAUAUCUCAUGGUCCUUUACAACUGGAACUUCAUGAAGCUCUCCACUGCCGCGCGCACUAGAGCAUCCAAACCCCUUGCCACUACAUUGGCACACACAGACUCCACCACGCUCCGCCUGAUGCUCUACCACGCGCGUAAGGUUGUGCGGGAGAUUUUGAGUGUCGCGAACGACUCCUACUUCGCCUUCUUGUCCGACCAGAUCCACUUUUGUACAUUGUUCAGCGCCAUUAUGUUGAUUAACAUCUUGCGCUUGGUCGGUAGUGCGCGCACAGGCGACAUUGAUCUGAUCUCGCUCAGUAGCGGCGAGCUAGCCGGGUACUUGUCCGAGAUUUCCGACUUGGCGAAGCGCUUCCGCCGCGUUGCUACCGGUGAGAGCGACGUCGUAAUGAAGUACGCGUUGACCAUCGAGGAGGAAAUGCGAGGUGUGUUCCCCGAAGAGCAAAUUCGGGGUGCGUAUCCCGUGGCCAGGAAGUGAAAUUUGAUGUUGACAUGAAAUAGAUAUGGACAAUACAAUAUAUUUGGUCAUAGGUUGCUAGUUUACCCCAGAUAUCCUUUAUCGU